CGUUUUUUCUUCCAGCUGCCGGCGCAUUUGACAUUUCGCGGUCUGCCAGGGUUCACCGAUUUUAACGCUUUCAUGAACGCCGGAGGAAGAGUUAAUUGCCGGUAAUUAAUAAGUGAAAUUGAUAAGUGGAUCUCGCCAGGUUAGCAAUUUGAACGGUGUGGAUAUACGAUGCCGGGAGAAACCGCAAUCGAAAAUGGUACGCAAGAAGCCGUGGCCGAGGUGAAGCAGGAGGUGGCGGCCGUGGUAAAGCAAGAAGUCGCGGCAGAAGUAAAGCAAGAGGUGCCGGAAAUAAAGCAAGAAGCGCCGGAUAUAAAGCAAGAAGUGCCAGAAGUCGAGGAAGAUGCACCGAAAGUGAAACAAGAAGUUGUGGCCGAGGUUGUUGCUGAAGUUAAACAAGAGGUUGUGCCUGAAGUUAAAGAAGAGAUAAAACAAGAAGUUGUGCCGGAAAUCAAAAAAGAAGUGCCAGAAGUAAAAGUAGGACCCGCUGUCCAGAACGGUAUUCCCAAAAAGCAAGAAGAAGCUCCUAUUGAACCCAUUAUCCACCAGAACGGCGCCCCAAAAAAGAAUAGUACUAUGUCCACCAGCAUGGAUAUUGAAUCGGUGAGAGCAGCGUACGAUGAUGUUAGGUCGGACAGUUCAGAAACCCAAUGGGCCGUUUUAAAGUUCGACGGUUCAAAGAUCGCACCGUCCGCCACCGGAGCAGAUUUUGGUAAAUUCAAAGAACAAUUCAGUGACAACGAAAGAGCUUUUGGCUACAUUCGAGUCCAAACCGGAGACGAGAUGUCGAAAAGACAGAAAUUCCUCUUUGUCACUUGGGUGGGGCCCUUGGUCAGCGUCCUGCAACGAGCCAAAAUGUCCACCGAUAAGGCUGUUGUGAAAAAUGUUAUUUCUAAUUUUGCAGUGGAGUUGCAAGUAGAGAACACCACUGAAAUUGAUUUGAAAAACUUCGUGAACGAGCUAAACAAGGCCGGAGGGGCAAACUACGGGACGGGAGUCAGGGAAAUUUAAGUCUUUGUAUAAAUUGUGAAUAUGAAUAAUAUAUUUUACUGUUGUUGGUAAUGAUAUGCCUUAUACGAUGUAUACCUUAUUUUUAUUUAUGCAGUCAUUAUAAUAAGUCAUGUGCAAUUUAUUUUUAAAUAAUAAAAAAUAGAGUGCCUA